CAAAAACAUCACUCUCGAUGGUGAUCAGUGGGUCCUUUUUUCUUCCUUUUUUAAGCUGAAAAAAAUAUUUACUCCGAAUAUCAUAUCACAAUUGGAGGUCGUACGGAGUAAAGCGCACAUUCGGUGUGGCUAUAAAGUCUUCCUUCCCCUCCAUCUGAUUCACUGUCACCAGCUUAAUUGAAUAUCAUUGAAUAUAAUCAGUCGGAUACUGUCUGCACAUCUAUCUACUCUAUUUGAACCCUAUUCAAGCAACUACCACUCCACAAGACAACACAUACAUUAUCCACUCUUACCAACAUCUAUCCUCAUAACCACGAAUGCCUCGUUUCCUCAACUUCACCAUGGGCAAUCCCACCUCAACCUUCAAGCCAUCUCCAUCAGAUGAUGCUGCCUCUACAUACUCCGUCUCCUCCACCGCUACUACACUCAAGGGCACUGAACUGAAGAAGAAGUGGUUCUCAUUCGGGCCAAAGUCCAACACAAACACGGAUUCGAAGCCAAAUACAAAGCCCAUCUCGAAGUCAGAGUCUGUAGAGGAUGAAUCGUCCAAAUCUGCAGUCCACUACGAGGCCAUGGCCACCUACCUGGCACUGCGCUGAUUUCCCUUCCAUACACGAUAUGCCACCUUAACGACGACGAAUAUACCAACUAGAUUACGAGUGAUAUUUGCGAGAAAUACCUGCUUUGCUUUAUGGGAUUUGGCAUUGGAGUUAAUGGUUUCCAGUGUUUAUAUUGGGUCUUGUUCUUUUAAUAUCUGGAGAGCUUUGCCUAUAUAUGUUUACGCUUGAAUUUAGAAUAC